AUGGCGUAUUUGUAUAGAAGUAGGGAUUUUUUGAAUUGGACUAAGGUGGAACAGCCUUUACAUUCGGUUUCGAAUACAGGAAUGUGGGAGUGCCCUGAUUUCUACCCAGUUUCCCACUUCGGUAGAUUUGGCUUGGACAAGUCAGUGAUGGGAAAUUGGUUUAAACAUGUGUUGAAGGUGAGCUUGGAGAUGACUAGAUAUGAGUAUUAUACGCUGGGGAAGUAUUAUCCGAUGACGGACAAGUAUGUUCCCGAUAAUACCUCGACGGAUGGGUGGAGUGGGCUGAGGUAUGACUAUGACAAUUUCUAUGCUUCCAAGUCGUUCUAUGAUCCGAUGAAGAAGAGAAGGGUUUUGUGGGGUUGGACUAAUGAAUCUGAUAGUGUCCAGGAUGAUGUUUCCAAGGGAUGGGCGGGAAUUCAGGCGAUUCCUAGGACGGUGUGGUUGGAUCCCAAUGGAAAGCAGCUCUUACAAUGGCCAGUUAUGGAGCUCAAUAGGCUGAGACAGAAGAUAGUUAUGAUGCUAAAUCAAAAGCUAGUCAAGGGACAAAAUGUUGAGAUCAAAGGAAUUACUGCGGCUCAGGCCGAUGUUGAAGUUAUCUUUAGCUUUUCGAAUUUGGAUAACGCGGAGGCAUUUGAUCCAAGCUGGGUUGACGCACAAGCCGUGUGCAGUAUUACUGUGGGGUUGCGGUCGGCGAUCACCAAGAAUUUCGCCAGUGGCAUUGGGAUAACUUUGUGUUCUAAGAGGAACUCCAUCCCAAGUACCACGUUGAAGUUGUCCAUGCGAACCACGACAAGGUCCAACUCUCCUGUCCAAGCCCCUAAUUUGAAGGGGACUCUUUUGGAAACUCCCACAAUAGACAAGGCUUCGGAGUUGAAAACUUUCAUUUUUCCAGGGUUCUUUUCUAUGGUGAGUCCCAAUCUCCGUGCUUCUUGA